ACAUCCUCACACCCACACACACAAACACUGACGAGGGGCUCUGUCCUGCUAUGGCCUCCACCACCAACGACACCACUGCCGAGGAGAUCUCUCCAGUCCCGGCCCAUAAAGCAACUGAGCAGCCCGACUUGGAAAUUAGUGUAGAACCCAGCUCAGCAGUGACGCCUGAGCCCAGCAAGGCCCAACAUGACAGUGAAGAGAAUGAGAAUGAAGAGGAGAAGGAAGGUGGAGCGGGAUCUGAGCAGCAGGAGGAGAAAACGAGAGGGCAGGACCCGGAAUGGGUGGAGGAGAGGUUCAGGAUUGACCGGAAGAAGCUGGAAAACAUGCUGUACGGUGAGUGACAGAAGCAACUUCUCCCCUUUUUUAAACAGAUUUUUCUCAAAGUUAUCCCCUCCUGUGUGUUCUUCCUCACUGCCUCUGCUAUCUACUUGACCCUGUGUGUGAGUCACAGCCUCCAGCUGGCUGCACCCUUGUUGUUUCCAUCAGUAUAACUUGAAUCCACUAAACUCCUCUUGCAGUGUCACAGUGAUUUAUGACCUGUAGCGUUGUAUGCAUUCAAUAGUCAUUUAUGCUAUUAUCAUUGCUGCCUGUGAAGCAGGGGAAGCUGCCUCUGUAACUUAUUGCUGCCUGGCAGGUUUAUGACAAAUGCCUCUCCUGUAAAAGUGCCUCUGACAGUGUGCCGCUGAUGCAGAUAGAGGCUGAUGUUUGUCCUCGCGCAGACUCCUGAUGGGAAAGCUGGAGUGUUUCCCCUGAUAACAGCAGGCUGUUUGAGCGUGUGUGUCAGGUGGGACUGUGUAUCUGAGCAGCCUCAGUCAGGGAGUAAAUAUCUCACCCCUUCAGGUGAUAAGCUGUCGGAGUGCACUUGAGUCUCCACUCUGAAAUGAUGAGGAGUCUUUUUUUCUUUCUUAAAUCCUCUCUUUGUUUAGAGGUUGUUUUUUUUAAUAUUACCGUCAAGUGGGAGGUCUUUGCGUCACCAAAUGCCACAAUGUGAUUAGCUGUCUCCAGGCUAAUUUGUGGUCGCACCCCCCGACCACCACCUUCUCUCUCCACCCCGUACUGUUCUCUUCCCAUUCCUCAGCUUUGGCCAGCGUAACCCAUAGAGAUGGAGGGGGGUUUUGAGGGCGUUUCUGGGUGUCCCCCCAGUACCCUGUAAAUGUCACAGAGGAGCGAUGGCCUUUUAAAAUUGUUGAUGUUCCCGGCAACCUUUUGUUGCAGUUGCUCGGCAAAUUUGAACCAAGUCCACAUUUGCAUGUUGACUUUACACACGCUGUAAACAGAAGAAUAUUGUGCUGCUGACCAACAGCCCAUGAACAAACCACACGGCGGGGACUGUGAAUUUCAUCUGUUUGCUCUUUACUGUCUUUCAGCUCCACAGAACGGAAAUGGUGAGACAGGAGAGCAAUUUUUUGAGAGAGUAAGUACAACUUAACACCGAGAAAAGUUUUGUCAACUUUAGAAGACUAAACAAUAAAGCAAAUUUAGCACCUGGUCUCAACAAAAGUUACGUAUAAUCACUGCUACACAAAGCCCGCUGGAUAAGUGUAGCUUAUAGAUAAUUGGGAUCAUUCCUGACACCAUUUUAACAUUUGUUCUAUCUUCUGCAUCCAGUGAUUACUGGUUUUACUGAGGUGGUAAUUACAGUCUUUGAAAUGCAAAUAAGGCUUUGUAUUCUUUGACUGAAUACUGUGUCUGGAUGUGUUUGUUCUAUGAUUGUAUCCGUAGGAGAGAGUGUGUAUUUUCUUGGUAUACAAUGACUGUCUCAGCUUUGUUUGACACACGCUCCUAUUGUGUGUGCUUCAACAGGUGAUGAAAGAAACAGACACUCAGGUGAAAUGGCCGUCCAAGCUGAAGAUUGGAGCAAAGUCAAAGAAAGGUGACGAAUUCUUGUUAUUUUUCUCCCACUAUACCAGUUCUCUCUGUUUCAUCACCAUUCUGCUGGGUGUUAUCUCUCUUAUUGGUUUUACACUGCCUAUUACUUUGAGCAUACUUACAUCUUAAACAAUUAAACUGAAUUGCUACUUCAAUCUAGAUCCACACGUGAAGGUGGAAGGAAAGAGAGACAACGUUUUAGAGGCAAAAAAGAAGAUACUGGAAGUGCUGGAAACAAGGGUGAAGGCAGUUCUGUCAACUAUAAUCACAUUUUUUUCACAUUUUCAACUUUUCUAUUGAUUUCCUUCAAUGAAAACCCUUUUUAUCACAGAGUUUAGCAUUCAUAUUUUAAUCUUCUUUAUUUAAAACAACCAGUUGUUGUUCUAUAUGAUGGUUUUUCAUAGUAAAUCUGCCCCUAUGGCUACCUGAAACUGUUAUAUGUGCAUUGAAUUUCCCUGCGGCACUGCUCCUAUCCAAUCCAGGUGAACAAGGUUACUCUAAAGAUGGAUGUGGCCCAUACAGAGCACUCCCAUGUCAUAGGAAAAGGUGGAGGGAAUAUCAAAAAGGUGAUGGAGGUCACAAGUUGUCACAUCCAUUUUCCUGACUCUAACCGCCACAAUGCCUCUGGAGACAAGAGCAACCAGGUGAAAACAACUUAGGCAGACUAUAAGUGAACCAGCGACAAUCUGCUCAUGAAAAUAAAUUAACCAGAUUUUUUCUUCAACUUUUUCCAGGUCUCCAUCGCUGGGCCUGUAGAGGGGGUGGAGGAGGCCAGAAGAAGAAUAAGAGUGAGUGAUAAACAGUGUCUGACACAAAGAAGACAGGCAAAUUGAUCAUUUCUGUCUCUAUGUCUAACAAGUGAAUUUUUUCCCUCCCCUACCCUCUAUGCCCCACCUCUGCUUUUUGUUUACCCUCCACACUUCCAUGUCCCAGGACCUGCAGCCAUUGUCCCUGACCUUUGACCUUCCUGUUAGCUUGGUGCCCCAGGCUCUGCCAGAUGCCAGCUCUCCCUUCAUACAGCAGGUAGUGCAGACUUUGGGGGUCAGUGUGAGCUUCAGGGCUGUGCCACCGCAUCCCCAGGCACAACCAGCUUUCUAUGAGAGCUGCUGCACCGUGUGGGGCCUUCAGGGCAACGCAGCUGCUGUCAAGGUUGGUGUCAGACAUUCCCAGUUCAGACGCAGACAUUUAGACUAUCUGCCCACAGCAACUGAUAGUGUUAUUGGUAAUUCUGGUACCUUGUUACCACAUAAAUGUAGUACUUGUAUUUCCUCCUGCUGUCAUAACCAGACCAGAACCAGACAAUUAAAGCUAAACUAAACCUAACAUACCCAGUUUAACAUCAGAUCAUGAUCAGUCCUGAUAUGAUUGUCAUAAUACUCUAUGUGUAUUUACAACCUGCAGAAGGCAACCUGCAUCCUGAUGGAUCUGCUGCUGGGGUCAGAGGUCACAAAUGGCGUUGUGAACAGCCAGUUGGAUGUCACCUCCCAGCAGCACCUCUUCCUGCUCGGUCAGAAUGGAGCUCACUUUCUGAGUGUCAUGCACCAGACCCAGACCCAGAUCAUCCUACCAGACCUCAGCGCCCCUCAGAGCCCCUCCUCACUGCUCAUACAGGGCAGCCCUGAUGGCGUGUGCCUUGCUCGACAGCAGCUCAUGGUACAGUGUAACCUCAAUUUUAUUUCUUACGAUCUUGUGUCUCAUUGAUCUAUAUAAAGUAUGAUCUAUAAAUACAGUAAAAGCAAACCCUCCUUUUUCUAUAGGCUAUCUGAUAUUUUGAGCAUCUAUGUGAUUAUUUUUGCACAUGUAGGACUGUCUGCCUGUGUGUCUGAUGUUCGACAUGCGUGAAGAUGGGGAGGCAGAUCCUUGCAAACUGUCUCAGAUGAUGCAAAACCUGGGAGUCUUCAUCAGCGUGAAACCCAAAGUAAAGCAAACCAGCAAGGUAAAAAUCUGAUUGGUGAUCGUUCUUUUUUUUUUUUUUUUUUUUACUGUGUUGUUGAAAGUCAACCAAAUUUCAAAAAGACAGAUACUUGUAAAGUUUUUUAUGUUUUGAGUUCACCUAAAAUCUUGAACAUCAGUGUGGAGCUUUCGGAAAGACACUUCAUACGUCAUAAAAAUAAAUACCAAACAUGUACUGAAAUGUGUCACCUUAAUAUUUACAAAAGAGGAUUAGGGCCACAUGAAGAGAAAAGAAGAAUUACAGGACGGAGAUUAAAAUCCAAAUUUUAAGAUUAAAGUCGAAAUUUCAAGAUUAAAAAAAAAAUCAAAAUUAGGGCGAUAAAGUCGAAAUUUCGAGAUUCCAAAUGUCGAAAUGUCAUAAAUAAUGUUGAAAAUUUCAAGAUUAAAAAAUUCAAAUUUUGAGAUUACAUUUAAAAUUUCAAGAUUAAAGUUGACAUGAAAAGGUUGAAAUUUCGACUUUUUAAAAUUUCGACUUUAAUCUCGAAAUGGAAAUAAAAUAAUAUCCCUCUUGUAAUUAUUUUUUUCUCUUCUUAUGGCCCUUAAUCCUCUUUUUAGAUAUUGGAUGUAAUUCCCCCGCCCUGUUGUGCUGCUGACUACUGACGCACAACUUUGUUUUGGUGUGUACUUCUCAGUCAGUGGUGGUAAAAGGUCUGGAGAGGAACAUCUCCUGUCUUUAUGAGGCCCGUCGGCUGCUUCUUGGGUUGGAUUCCUGUGAAACCUCCAAGGUAACCGAGAUGACCCCUGACCCCGUGCUGGCUGGCAGCGGACUCACACACUAUUGGCUCAACAUGUUAUUGCAGCAGCUUCGCCUCUCUGAGCCGGGUGAGCAUGUCACACAUUAACAUGUUUGUGUUUUUGUCCAUUGAAGUGCCACAGACAUCGGAAACCUUCAGAGUUCUGAGUUUAAAAAUGUUUACGUCCAAGUUUAACCGUAACAGACUUUAUUGCCCACAGCAGUUGCCCCUCCCCCCUCAGAUCCAAUUUAGAGACCCUGAGAGACUGGGUUAGAAGAGGCAGAAAGACAGAUCCAAUUUUAACUUCCUUGUCAGAAACAAAAACAAAACAACACAAAGCAAAACUAAUAAAAAUCCAGUUGUUUUGAAACUAAAAUGCUUCCAUACUUCCUCCAGCACUGACAAGAACACAUCCUAUCACAGUCUGUCUCUGAAAGAUGUUAUUUCUGCUGAAGAAUGUGACGAACUUCACAAAAAGAGAAACAGAUCAUUUUUCCGACAGUGACGGCUCGUUCUUCCAUCACAGUUUGGUAUUUCUGCUAAAGCUCCUCUUUCUCUGCUUCAUAAAGUAAUUUGGUUUUUCUGUCCUCCCUUGAAUGUUGUUUUGUUCAGCACCACAGUUGCACUCUGAUGUUGUCUCUAAACUGAAAUAAAGAACAAUAGAAGCUUCAGACUCCCACUUUACAAAUUCUGAUUUAAAUCAUAACUUCUCUUUAUUCACUUUCCUCUCUGCCCUUGGGGAUUAAAGUUUCCUCUAAACUUGUGUGCAGUUACUUUGACUGGUUGUAAACUUGUUUCUAUUAUUUGUGUGUUUAUCAGUUUUGAAAAGUAAUUUGACCCUCUUUUUUUUAUUAGGCUCUGUGUCUGCCCCCACUCCAGAGGUGCUGAGUGGCUCUAAGCCCCGUCCCACACCUCCACCAGGCCUCACCCCUCCUGCUGAGGAUGGGAGGACAGGACUAAAGGGAAAUGACAGCCGGCCACUUGAAAAGGUCUGUUAAUAGAUCGUUGCUGUAACAGAUUUAUUCCUCUUUAUGACACUGAGUUGAAAUUUAAUAACCGAGUCCUCAACCCUCUCUCCUCCUUCAGAUCCUUGAAAAUGAAGACCUGUCCAGCCAAUCAGAUGACGACAGCCCGGUUAAUGGGAUGUCAUCAACUGAGAUGGGUGAUGUGGUCAGCAGCAUCAGCAGGGUGGCGCUGAUGGGUCGGAGGGGGAGUCUCCAGGGUCCUGAAGUUAAAAAGGUCUUUGUCCAGGGCAGGCGUCAUUCAACAGGGCAGGCAUUGACAUACAGGUGAGAUUUAACACGCAUUAAAGAAUGAGUAUAAACCUAAAUUAUGAUCUAGAAAAUGAGUGGAAACCAAAGUUUUGUGCCGAGAUGAGUCCUUUAAAUGACUUUGACCAGAUGUUUUUUCUUUUCUGCUGCAGUAAAGCUAAUCUACACACGAACAAUAGAGACCCCCUCCUGUGCCUGAUCUGUCAAAAAAUGAUAAAUCUAGCUUAGACAGGAAAAUGAAAUGGAAGAAGGGCAGCUUGUUGACCUCAUAUAAAUUUUCCUUUUAGCUGAGUCGGAGCGGAAUAAAAGCAGCAGCUCCUCUUUGAUACCGUCUAUAAUUACAGAGCAUCAUUACUCUGUCUUUGAAAUCCUCUAAUAGUUGCUAUCACAGCAACACCUUACACCCCACUUGCAUUUGUGUGUGUGUGUGUUUGUGUGUGUGUGUGUGUGUGUGUGUGUAUGUGUGUGUGUGUGCGUGUGUUUGUGUGUCCUGAACGUGCCAGAUUGCUGAAUGCAGAGAUGGAGGGAGGGAGGAGUGAGUGGAGGAACAGCCUGAGGAGAGAUGUGAUGCUGGCUCAGGAUGUUACAGCUGACUCAUCCCAGGCUGAGGUGAGGAAAAACAAGAAGUGCAGGUCUAUUUUAUUGCCUCAACAAAAAGACGCAGUACAUCUGUGGACGUCUAUAUUUGGGCAGCUUGUAAUUCUCAGAGGAACAGCUAUGAAGUUUUCCUGAAUCCUUGAAAGACUUUUGACAGUGGAGGUGCGGAAGCUAUCCAGUGGUAUUAACUUAUGGAGGAAGUGUGUAAAAGAAAGAAAGAAAGAAAGAGACAAAGUUCAAGUCUUAAACUUCUCUGUAUCAAACUGGAGAGAAAGUGAAAAGAGAGGCAACAUUUUAUUAGCGGUGUUGUGUAACCUUUCGAUAUACACACCCCUAACCCUGUUGCUAUCUGAUUUUGAGAGUGAAUUCCUGUGUUUAUUUGCUACCCUUCUCGCUCUUAAAGGUUAUUGCACUGUAGAUUAAUGAGUUUACGUGCGCAGCAGCAGGAUGUGUUUGGAUAACUGUUCUCAGCAACUGGAAUUUUCAAUUUCAUGCAUUAUUUACUCCCCCUGUUUUUCUUUUUGUGCUCUGUAGGAUUAUGACUAUGAGAAGAAGAAACUGCUGGCGACUCGAGGUUAGCACGUUUAAUGCUUUUUUUACCAAUCCUUUGUUUGAGUGGUCCUGCAAAGACUUGUGCAGCAAUGAUCAGGGCUUUGUCUUGCAAUGUUUUUAUUGAUCAACGGUUGCAGCCAACUGUGAACGAUUCAUUUUGAAUAACACUUGCAUGCAAAUCCAUUUUAUACACAUUUAAAUUGCUUUUUUUAACUUGUUUAAUGGCCACCUUUGCACAGCCUAGGAGUUAAACAGGACGAGUAAAUCUACCCAACUGUUCAAACAUCAUUUUGGAGUCAUCUUGAAAAAUACAACCAUUUUUUUGGGGUCAUUUUGUUACCAAAUGUGAUUUAAUGUCUCAUGAUUAUCUGUGAUAAAGAAGCCUUUUUAGUUUAUUUAAGCACAUUAGCGAGGGAACACAUUAAUAUCCUGAGCAGACGCACACACUUGAUCUCUGUGCUGCUCACUGCCAACAUGGCUGAUGAAGGGGACCUGUUUAUGUGCUGCACCGUGCCAGAGUUAGAAUAGAGCUGCACCGACACUCCCCCUAGAUUCACACAUGGUAGAUUCUCAAUGAAGACAACAAACAUGCAUCCAAAAACAGUGUGUGGGUGCACUCUUUUGCACACAUGCAUGCAGGAAGGAAACACUCCCUAAUCCAUCUUGCAGAAUGAGAGAUGCUGCAAAGAUCUGCAGCCAAAUGUUACUGAAUUCCCUCAGUGUUGCUUUAUGGGAUUAUGAAUUAGCAGUUUGAAUGGGCCAUCUGCCUCACAGUCAUUAAGACACCCAUAUGCCAGUGUAUGAAUGGGACAUUUACUCACACAAACACACAUACACACACAAAGACAGCCCCAUGGUUAUGAUCCGAUUGGUAUCACACCCCUCAGAGAACUGUUACAGGUUUUAUCACGUUCACACACUGGUUCUGUCUCAGUGCUUAAAGUAGCUCAGGUUUGCUUAUCUGUCAGUUGAGACUUGGUUUCUGUUGAAGUCUCUGCAUCGAGAGUUUCUGUGAGUAUGCAACAUAGUGGAAUGGGAAGUACUGUUUGUGGUUUAUUAUUUCACACCUGAGUCCAGUUUGAGUCAGUGGAGUGGAGAAGACUAGCGGUGCUUUUUAAUAAAGGAUGGACUGUAACUACAGCUAACAGGUGGUUCAUGAACUUGCAGCAGAUGUAAUCCUCAGGAGCGGACCAGGGGCACAUCAGUGGAAAAAAAGAAAGUUUGUUAUUCAAUUAGAUGUAAUUGAUUAGGGAGAAAGACAGCUCCAAAAUUAAAGCAAAUUAGCAACUGUUAGCCCACAUGCCAGCUAGGGCUGGGAGAUAAAACAAUAAUGAUAUAUACUAUCUAUAUAUGGAAAAUUAAUUUCCCUUAAUGUCAAUAUGAAACAUGGUCAAUAUGCUCUUCGAUAACCGACAUUCUGCCAUGUUUUGGUAGACUAUACGAAUAGCCAAUGAAAAGAGGAGUUUCUCCAGGUCCGCUGAACCAAUCAUGUGCUGAAUUAGAGCCAAGUAGCAAACAACUGCGUAGUAGCAGGCUGCAGCUACACGCAACCACAGCACUUUAACAAAUGGAGCCGACAGCACAGUCGGUGAGGAAAAAAGAAAAAGAGUGCUGCCCUUGGCAGAAAUGCAGAUGAAGGCUCAACAGAUUAUGACAUCGUUGACAACACUGGCAAGAAAACGUCGAUGGUGUGGAGGAAUUUUGUUUGUUUGAGGUCGGCAAGAUUAGGGAAUACCUCAAAUCUUUUCACCACCUGAAGUAGUGCCACGUGGCAGAGCAUGCACAAUGCAAAAGGUUACAAACCCUGAGUGGAGCAAGGAGCCCAUGGCGCCUGUGCAGCCGAAACAGCCGACCACUCAGUCUGCUUUCUCUGGUGCAAUGCCAUACAACAAAAUGUCGAAGAGACACAAAGACCUCACAGAUGCAGCAGCUUACUGUAUUGCAAAAGACAUGCUGCCAAUAAGCACUCUUAUAUUUCAUUUUUUAGAUCAUGAUAUCGAUUGAUAUGAAAAAAACAUAUUGUAAUAAACUUUUUCCCAUAUUGCCCAGCCCUAACGCCAGCUAAUGCCAAUGCUUUAGCUCCUAGCUUGUUUUUGCCACCCUGGAAACAUGCUCAAAGAUCUUGUGAAGACUAUUUCUUUGUUUUUCUGUCUCAUGUCAGCCAUGCAGAGGAAGCCUGUGGUCACAGAGGUGCGGACGCCCACAGACACAUGGAGUGGUCUUGGUUUCUCCAAGUCUAUGCCGGCCGAGGCUGUCAAAGAGCUGCGCAACAUUAGCCGACGCAGCUACAAACCCUACCUGAGCACCAUCAACAGCCAGCAGCAGGUAUGGAUCAAGUGACAACCCCCGGUCUUGAGAAAUGAAACUGAUGCAAAAGUGCUAAAAACUGCAGUUCCUAGAGUGCCCAUUAGAGGCUAGCUACAGAAACCUAAAAGAUAAUUUUUAAGUCAAAAAUAAACAUGUUUGCAACCUUGUUGGUGAAACUGAGACCACCGGUUGAGCCACCAUUUCCAAUAUGGCGACUGUCACCAGUAGAUUUCAAAUACAAACAGAUGGUUGACGUCACUGAUGCUCCUCCAUUUAUCAUACAGUCUACGGCACCAAGUUAGCAUCUGAUUAAACUAACUGGAAAAAAAACAGGCUCAGCAAUUUGACUGUUAAUUCAAGCUCCAGGGGGGUUAACUCAUCUACUUUUACCAAACUUAAUUUCCUUUAAGCUGCCAUAGCUGUUUUUUUUUUUUGUUGCAGUGCAGUGAAAUAAGCACCCUGCUGCGGCCCACCAACACGGCCUCAUUUAUCGGUCUUGGCCUGUAACACUUUAAAGCAUUUAUCUCCCUGUGUGGUAAGCACUGCCAAUUUGUACGCUCAAUUACCUGGGGUCUGAUACCAUCACCUCAGUCAGCACAGCCACUCCUCAGCAACCUGUUUACCUGUUUCAGCUCUACAUUAAAGGACGGCUGAACGAGCGCUCUCUGAAUGCUCAGUAGGCAGUGAUUGAAAUGCAGACACUCUUAGAUUAACAAGAGCAAGGAUAUCAAUGAGUUUAAUUUUUCCUUUGACCCAGAAAGCUGAAGGGGGAGAGGCUGGUUUUAUUGAUAAUUUACAUCAAGAGAGUGUUAGCCUCGCAGAUAAAGUCAACAGAUGAGGUGGUUUAAAAACAAGAGUACUCACCUUUCUUGUGUAAACGGUGGAUCGAUGAAUAUUUUAUCCUCUGAAACUGGCUGCACACACUGCACACAAGACAAUUUGUGAUUGCUCUGUCCCCUGACUUCUCACACUGGCAGGGAAGAAAAAAAGGAUGAAAUAAAGUGGAUACUGGCAGGAGAACAAGGUGCUGCUGAGACAUGUUAGCAGAAGAAAGAGAAGCUUGUUAAUAUUUAAUGUCUUUACUCUUUCUCUCGUUUUCGUAAAGACUCGAGUCACACAUGGGGGGAAGCUCUGCAGCGGCAGUGACUCUGACAACUGGAGAGACCGACGUGGAUCCACACCUUCAUCCUUACCAGUGUCCGCCUCCUCCUCCUCUUCAUCCUCUUCCUCCUCCUCCCCUUCCUCACCUCCAUCUACAUUCUCCUCAUCCUCUUCCUCCUUCCCUGCAUUUGUAUCCUCGGGGAAUAGAAGCAGAAUGGACAAACACUGUAAGUCUCACCUUUGUGUGCUUUUAAAGUCCAAACAGUUUGUCUCAGCUGCUUUUAACCCAUCUUUUUCAUCUUUCGUGUGCAGCUGAGAGCUUCUCAAACGGCUACUUUGAAGGCGGGUGCUCAUCACGGAGGGCAUCAACCUGCAGUCAGAGGAGCCCAUCCCCCAAAAUGAUGGACGACCUGCCUGAGCUGCUCAGCCAACUCGGCCUGAUCAAAUACAUUGAUGUUUUUGAGCAACAAGAGGUAGAGAGACUCUUGUAAUGAAGCCUUUUCUUAGUGUAAACAUUUUAUUAGUAUGUGAAAUAUAUACUUACAUUAACCUAUGCAUAAAAAACAGUGGUUUAAAGAUUGGACAUCUGCACGGGGGUAAAUGCUGCAGAGCCUGAGAGACUGUUUGUGUAGACCAGCAAACACACUCUCAGUGAAAUUUCUCAUGCAAUAUUAAUGAGCACCGUGAUGCAAACGUUAUCUACACUUCAGAUUGACUACCAGACAUUCCUCACCUUGUCUGAUGAAGACCUGAAGGAAGUGGGCGUCUCCACAUUCGGAGCCAGACGCAAGAUGCUGUUGGCGAUCUCAGGUGAGAAUCUGAUUUCCAAGCUUGGACUCAGAUCUGCUUCUCCAUCUGUGGAAGUUGGCUCUUUCCUGCUCUAGUGCAGUGAAAUUGAUCAAGUCAUUUAUCUUCCUUGCCCAGACCUGAACAGGAGCAAGAGGAGGCUGUCGGAUACACCCGCAGUGAAGCCUGGCUACCUGGAGGGUGGUGCUAGCGGUCGACUACCACGAAUCAUGGAUCUGGAAGUUGGCGCUCAGAGUAACCGCUGGUGAGAGGAGACCCGACUUAGCUUCGAGGUACUCCUCUCCAACGUUACGCUCACUAGCCUCUAAGAAAGUAAACAGUGAUGCUGCUUCCAUCUGUUAUUUAUCAAUGACACAUGAGCAUGAAGACACCCUGAGAAGGUGUAAUGACUGAGUAACUUUGAACGCAGUGCCUUUAACUUACAGCCCAAAGGUUUUUAUACACAAAGACAAGGAGGUAUUUUUCCUCCACGCCACAGAUACUGCAGGAAACAAACUGUAUGAAACACGAUAAAGACUGGACCACUUUGGUUUUUGUGGUGACUUUUAUCAUUAUUAAGUGCCUUUCACCUGAAAGCUUUUACUUCUGUGUUUAAAUGACUACAUUUAUGCAAUUGUACAUAAGGAUUUUAAAAUUGCUUGACAUUGUAAUAAAGUAGUAAUGACAAAUAAAUUGUUGAUCUCUGCGUUA